AUGCAUAGAACGAUUCAACAACGUGGUGCCUGCAAGGGGCAAAUAACGCGCACCCUCAACAGUGCUGUGGAGUUUUCACAAAGAUGUGAGAAUGUGGAAACAUUGCAAUUCAAGCUGGAGCGUUUGGUCGCCACUUUCAACCACUUUAUGGAGCUCUCAGAUGAGUUAGUGGAAUUUCACUUGGAGGAGGGAUAUGAAGACCCUGGAUUGGACAUACCCGAAUACGAAGACAAGUUCUACGCCGCGCAUGCUAUUUUUAGUAACGCCAUCAAGGACAUGGGAGGUCAGGAUCAUGGACAGGACCAGUCGAACAUUCUACUUUCAAGUACAGUGGAACGCCUAUUUGAGGGACAAAACAACCUUUUGGAGAAAAUUCAUACUUCAUCGGGAACUGCUGAUUUAAGGUUUGAGAAAAUUCGGAUUCCCACAUUUUCUGGUAAAUAUGAGGAUUGGAGCCAGUUUAGUGAUCUGUUCUUAAGCUCAGCACUGGAUGUAGUCAGCCGCCGCACCUUCGCCAAGGAUACAAAAUUAUGCUUCAACUGCUUGAGUCGAUCGCAUCAAGUCAGGGAUUGUAAUUCAUCGAACACUUGCCGUCAGUGCAACGCUAAGCAUCACACGUUAGUACACCCGAUUGAAGCAAGAUCGGUUCCUGUGGCACCUGCGCACUCGACUGCCGCUGAUACGAAUACUGCCGCUGUUAGCCAUCAUAUUUUGGAGAGGGCCAACAAUCCAGCCCUACUGCCAACUGUUGUCGCCAAUGUUAUUGACACAUGGGGAAACGAGACCUCGUCUCAGCAGGUCAAAUCAAAUGCAACUAUUUGGACCAAGAUUCGCAGCCUACCGCUAGCUGACCCGACGUUUGGAUCUCCGGGCAAAAUCGACGUUAUCUUAGGCGCUGAUCAGCUUUGGAACUUAUAUACUGGACAUCGCCGAGAGUUUGGUAUCGAAUACCCCAUCGCACUGCAUACUAAUUUUGGUUGGGUUAUUACAGGCAGCUACACUGAUGUUCGAGUUCUUAAACAGCUCUCGAAUGACUAUGCCGAAUUGUAUCCCACCGCUGCUGUCGUGCUCAACAGAGACGCGUACUUUGAUGAUAUUCCUACUGGAUGCGACAACAUCCAGGAUCUCAUUGCACUCAAAGAUGAAUUGAUUCUGCUUCUUAGCGAAGCUCAAUUCAAAUUGCGAAAGUGGAGCUCAAACUGUUACGCCCUUUUAAAGUCGUUGCCAAAGGAGAUUUGUGAGUAUCCACCAGAGGAUUUAGAGGAAGACCGCUCAAUUCGAUUUGUUAAAGUCCUGGGAUUGUGUUGGGAACCAAAACCGGACUAUAUUUUCUUCAAAUUAGAAACCCCCGCAUUUACGACUGCUCUUACUAAACGCAUAUUGCUUUCAGAACUAGCCAAGAUCUACGACCCGCUGGGUUUGCUUUCGCCAACUGUUGUUUUUCUGAAGACCCUAUUUCAAGAUAGUUGGCUAAGUUCUGUCGAUUGGAAUGAAGUACUACCGCAGCAAAUAUGUACACGAUGGCAACAGUUUGCAUCGGAAAUGCAUUUAUUGGAAACUUGUCGAGUUCCUCGCUACAUAUCUGCACCACAUCAAGAAAUGGAACUGCACGGAUUUGCUGAUGCAUCAUCUCAAGCGUAUGCUGCCGUCAUCUAUAGCCGCGUCGAAGUCAACAAUGGAUAUGCUGUCAAACUGAUUAUGGCUAAAACUCGCGUAGCCCCUAUUAAGCCUAUCUCCAUUCCGCGACUAGAGUUAAACGCAGCUCAUUUACUCUCUAAACUGAUUUAUCUGGUCAAGCAAUCAUUAACUGUUCCUAUUUCCAGAAUUAAUUGUUGGUCAGACUCUGAAAUAGUCCUGCAUUGGCUAUCUUCUCCGCCUAGGACUUGGAACACCUAUGUUUGCAACCGCACUGCUGAAAUUCUAGAGGUUUGCCCACGCAGCUGCUGGCAACAUAUUCGAAGUGGUGAUAAUCCCGCAGACUGCGCAUCGCGAGGAGUACUGCCAAAGCACCUCGUGGAUCAUCAAAUAUGGUGGAAUGGACCACCUUGGCUAUCUCAGUCACGUUCAGCUUGGCCACCUGUUAAAGCUAAGUUUGUUCUGUCGACAGAAGGAGAGGCCUGCCUAGAGAUGAAGGCUGAAACGAAAGUUAAUCUACACAUUUCCGACGACGGAAAUUCGCUAUCUUGUAUGAUCAACAAAUCCUCCUCAUGGUCCCGUUUAUUAAGGAUAGUCAGCUACUGCCUUCGCUUCGUUCAUCGUCUUCGUGAGAGGAAUCGACUUUCACCAUUCCUAUCGGCGUGGGAGCUACAAUAUGCACGAGCUAAGAUCUUUACGCACGCUCAAAAGGAGUUCUUCAACGUGGAGUACCAGCAGUUAACUACCGGACAGCCAUUGUCGAAGAAAUCGAAGUUGAUCCGCUACACACCCUUUUUAGACGAGCAGAGAGUAAUGCGUGUUGGUGGUCGCAUCGAUAAUUCUAUAGCUACUUAUGACGCAAAGCAUCCCAUUCUCCUUCCUAAGGAAUCUCCAAUAGCUGGUCUGCUAGUUCGCUAUCAACAUGCUGCAUUGUUACACGCUGGAGUCGAAUACACGUUUCAUAGUCUACGCCAAAGGUAUUGGAUUCUAGGAGCUCGGAACCUCGUCCGCAAAACUGUAUUCAAUUGCAGAACUUGCUUUCUGCAGCGAAGACACACGAGUUCUCAGCUUAUGGCUGAUUUACCGGAGUUUCGAGUUCAACCCGCCCGUUGUUUUCUGCACACUGGAUUGGAUUAUGCUGGACCUGUGUCAAUCAAAACAUCGACAGGCCGGACACCAAGAUUUGGCAAAGCUUGGUUUGCGAUCUUUGUCUGCCUAUCUACAAAAGCGAUUCACAUAGAAUUGGUCAGCGAUUUGACGACAUCCGCCUUUAUAGCCGCUUUCAAACGCUUUUGGUCUCGACGUGGACCUAUAUCAGAUUUAUACUCGGACAAUGGAAAGACUUUCUAUGGAGCCAAAAGAGAUUUAGCUGAAAUGCAACGAAUGGCAAUAGCUCAAAGUCAAGAUGAAGAAAUUUCAAGCUUCAUGGCCAGCCACGAGAUUAAUUGGCAUUUCAUUCCGCCAUCUGCUCCCCAUUUCGGAGGCAUUUGGGAGAUUGGUGUGAGAUCCAUAAAGCUGCACUUAAAACGAGUCAUUGGCAGCAGUGCCUUGACAUUCGAGGAGUAUUCGACCCUGUUAAUUCAGAUUGAAGGGCUUCUGAACUCUCGCCCUUUAUGCGCACCUAGCGAUCACAGUCUUAACCCGCUAACUCCUUCUCAUUUUCUAACAGGUCAGCCUCUCACUUCGGUACCAGAACCAUCUUUCCUGGAUGUAAAUAUCAACAGACUGCAGCGCUGGAGACAACUACAGGCCAAGGUUCAAGGUUUCUGGAAACGUUGGAAUCUCGAGUAUCUCAGCACGCUUCAACCUCGCACGAAAUGGCAUCAAGAUGCUCCAAAUGUUGCCGUGGACACACUGGUUGUGCUGAAGGAGCCCAAUCAACCGCCAAGCAAGUGGAUGCUAGGACGAGUCACCGAAGUUCAUCCUGGCCAGGAUCAGAGGGUUCGGGUGGUCACCGUUAAAACCGCCAAGGGAAUCUACAAGCGCCCUAUUACGAAAAUUGCUGUGCUUCCUUUGAACUGA